AUGCCUGCAGUGAUGCUGCUGUUCAUCGGCGGCGAGUGGUCGCCCGCCGCCAGCGGCAAGACCUUUGCCGUGCUCGACCCGCGCACUGGCCAGGAGGUGUUCCGCGUGGCGGAGGCGGACAAGGAGGAUGUGGACAGGGCGGUGGCGGCGGCGCGCAGGGCGUUUGACGAGGGCGAGUGGUCGCGCAUGUCGGGCAAGCAGCGCGGCAAGGUGCUGCUCAAGCUGGCGCAGCUGAUUGAGGACAAUGCCGACGAGAUGGCCGCCAUCGAGUCGCUGGACAACGGCAAGCCGCUGGUCAUGAGCAAGAUUGCCGACAUCCCCCUCAGCGCCGACCACUUCCGCUACUACGCGGGGUGGGCGGACAAGCUGCACGGCAAGACCAUCCCCUGCGACAACACCUUUGGCAAGGCGAGCAGGGCUGCACAAUGGCUGCCGUUCUUUGCCUACACGCUGCACGAGCCCAUCGGCGUGGUUGGGCAGAUCAUUCCCUGGAACUUCCCGCUGCUUAUGCUUGCCUGGAAGGUGGCCCCCGCCCUGGCCGCCGGCAACACCAUCGUGCUGAAGCCUGCAGAGCAGACCCCUCUCAACGCGCUGCGCUUUGCGGAGCUGUGUGCUGAGGCGGGGGUGCCCAACGGAGCCAUCAACAUCCUGCCCGGCUUUGGGCCUACCGCCGGCGCCGCCAUCUGCAGGCACCCCGGCGUCGACAAGCUGGCCUUCACGGGCUCCACCGAGGUGGGGCGGCUGGUGAUGAAGGAGGCCAGCGAGCGCAUCGUGCCUGUGACUCUGGAGCUGGGCGGCAAGAGCGCGCUGAUCAUAGACAAGCAUGUGGAUGUGGACAAGGCGGUGGAGGAUGCCCACUUUGCGCUCUUCUUCAACCACGGCCAGUGCUGCGCCGCCGGCAGCCGCACCUACGUGCACGCGGACAUUUACGACGAGUUCGUGGCGAAGGCCGCGGCUCGCGCCCAGCGGCGCGUGGUGGGCGACCCAUUUGAGGAGGGUGUGGAGCAGGGCCCCCAGGUGGACCAGGACCAGCUGAACAAGAUCCUGGCCUACAUCGACGUGGGGCAGCGGGAGGGCGCGCGCAUGCUGUGCGGCGGCAAGCGCAGGGGCGACGCCGGCUACUUUGUGGAGCCCACCGUGUUUGCCGACGUGACGGACCAGAUGAAGAUCGCGCAGGAGGAGAUCUUUGGGCCGGUGCAGUCCAUCCUCAAGUACCACACCACCGAGGAGGUCAUUGCCCGCGCCAACAAGUCAGAGUACGGCCUCGCUUCUGGCAUCAUCUCCAAUGAUGUCGGCUUCGUCAACACCGUGUCCCGCUCACUCAAGGCCGGCACCGUGUGGGUCAAUUGCUACAACGUGUACGACAGCGCCGUGCCUUUUGGCGGCUACCGCCUCUCCGGCGUGGGCAGGGACAAGGGCGAGUAUGCGCUGGAGAAUUACACCCAGGUCAAGGCCGUCUACCAGAGCCUGGAGCCCAACCAACCCUGGCUGUGA